AUGGUGCAAAGGGUCAACUCCUUAGUGCCACAAAGGACCAAUAAUAUAAGCAUAGGUGCUGUGCUUGAUUUGGGUUCAUUAAUGGGAAAGCACCAGAAGAUAGCAAUAGAAAUUGCAGUGCAUGAGUUCAAUAACCAAACGAGUUCUUCUUCUAAGCUGGAUUUGCAGAUAAAAGACUCUCAUGGAGAUUCUGCUCAAGUAAUUGCAAAUGUUGUUGAUCUCUCCCAAAGCUAUCAAAUGCAGGCCAUUAUAGGAACUACUACACACAGCGAAGCAACACUGGCAAAAAUACUACUUAGCCUCUCUUAUUCUCUAAGACUUGUUGGUUCUGAGAUUGAUGACCAUUUAGCUUUUCCUUCGUUAUCAACACUUUCAGACCCAAAAUCUACAAUUGAAGAAGAGCUUAAUAAGCUGAAAAGAAAGAGUAAUAGGGUAUUCUUGAUUGUUCAUUCUUCUUUAGAGUUGGCUAACAUGCUUUGUGAAAAAGCAAAACAAAUAGGUUUGAUGGAAAAAGGUUCGGCGUGGAUUAUCCCAAAUGAAGUUGCUGGCCUUCUUGAUUCAGUUAACUCUUCUGUUAUCUUCAACAUGCAAGGUGUUGUUGGAUUUAAAACACGCUUCAUGGAAAUGAAUGAGACCUUUAGAAAAUUGAAAUUGAAAUUCCAAAGAAAGUUUGCACUAGAAUACCCUGAAGAAGAUAACAUUAACCCAAGUAUCUUUGCACUUCAAGCAUAUGAUGCAGCUAAAGCUAUUGUUGAAGCUGCAAAUAAAUCAUCACAAGGAAAGUUAAGACUUGAAGAAAUCUCCGAAACGAUUUUGUCACCAACCUUCAACAUAAUUAAUGUGAUAGGGAAAAGCUACAGAGAAAUGGCAUUUUGGUCUCAGACACUCGGUUUUUCUAAGAACUUUAUUAGCCAUCAAGUAAUGGAGACGAGAAAAACAAAUAAUGAUUCUAAUGGAGUUUUCAGAACAGUUUAUUGGCCUGGAGAUCAGAUGCAAUUGGUUCCUAAGGGAUGGACUCUAAGUAACAAUGAAAGGUCAUUGAAAAUAGGAGUACCUUCCAAUGGUGCCUUUAAUCAGUUUGUGAACGUAACACACGACAAGCUCAUGAAUGAAACUUUUAUCACCGGUUUCUCGAUCGAUGUCUUUAAAGCAGUUGUUGGACUUUUACCGUAUGAUUUACAAUACAAAUUUGUUCCCUUCAAUGGAUCAUAUGAUGAAAUGGUUGACCAGGUCUACAAUAAGACAUUAGAUGGUGCAGUUGGUGAUACAGAUAUAAUGGCAUAUAGAUAUCAUUUAGUUGACUUCUCACAACCUUAUGUUGAAUCUGGCCUCCACAUGGUGGUUACCGAGCAACCCGAAAAAUCAAAACAAACAUGGAUGUUUUUGGAUGCCUUUACAAAAGAGAUGUGGUUGAUGAUAACAUCAAUGCAUAUUUUUGUAGGAGUUGUUAUUUGGUUGAUUGAAAGGGAAGCUAAUCCAUAUCUAAGGGGAUUUAGGUCUAUGCUUUGGUUUUUAGUCACUGUACUAUUUUAUGCACACAGAGAACCAAUAAGAAGACCAUUGGCUCAAGUUGUACUAACACCAUGGUUAUUUGCUAUUUUCAUUGUAACAAAUAGUUUCACAGCAAGUUUAACAUCCAUAACAAUUUCACAAGUAAAGUCAUCUGUGUUAGAUAUCCAAACCCUUAAAGAAAGAAAUUUACCAGUUGGAUGUAAUGGAAAUUCAUUUAUUGUGAAGUAUUUGUCUGAAGUACUGAAAUUCAAGCCUGAGAACAUUAGAAAAUUCAAUUCCAUUAAUGACUACCCUGCUGCCUUUGAGAACAAGAAAAUAGAAGCCGCCUUUUUUGUCGCACCUCACGCUAAAGUAUUUCUAGCAAAGUACUCAUGUAAGGGUCUCAUCAAAGCAGGAAACACUUUCAAGCUUGGUGGCUUUGGCUUUGUGAGUUUCUCUCCUUUCAUUAUCACUGAUUUUUGA